CAGUCAUGUCUGUCACGGCAACAUUUAAAAGAUCUUAAUAUGCCGAACGCCCUGUCGUAAUUUGUAGUGUAAGGCAGUGAGUUUUUUGUAUGUAUAAUUAAUUAUUAUGUAUCCCAAGAAGCACGAGUGUAUUUCCACCUCGAGUUGUUUAUACGGGGACUCGAAGAAGUUAAAGUGAAAGUGAGUGAAUAAGCCUGUGUGAAAGUUUUAACUCUCUAGCAUGGAAGACAUCUCCAAACCAACAGUCGGCUUGCGAUGAUCAACGGUGCUUGUGAGUGAAAUGGUGAUUGUGUUUUGUUUAUCGUCCUUGCCGACCUUUGAAGACUGAAGACGAAAUCAUUCACCUUCAACUUGUACGUAUAACAUCAGCUCUUGGUGUUAGUGGCAGUUCAGAUUAAUAGAUAAACUCAAUCAUUUCGACAGGGCCAAACUGAAAGAUUUGAAUUGUGUACGUCGUUCGCGAUGAAAAAGAAUAGUUCCGACUGAGAUAGAUGGAAUUUCGUUAGAAUGAACCAAAUACACUCUGGUAUCUUAGCUCUUGUCUUAGGAAUUUUCUUGAUUCAAGCUGCAGACCCGCCAUAUGAGAGAAACACAAAUUUUCUUCCAUACACAAUAGUAAACUAUCUACCAGUGAGUAGCCAGGUGACAAGUAUAGAAGCAAGAAGUGAUGACCAACCUCCAGAAACCUCAAAUGCUCAUCCAGAAGAUACCACGACACCUCAGUACAAUGGCAGAAUCUUAUUGUUAGACGACCAAACUGGAGAAUCUAACAACCCUAACUUCAAGGAGGAGCACGUAAACCUCAAAGUUUUUCACCAUUAUCUCAAAAACAUCAAGAAAAGAGACAAAACUGGAGCAGAAGAAUCCAUCGAAGUACAAGAACCCAAGGAACCGGCAAAGCAACAGGAUGUAAUAAACGAUUUCCUACAGAGACAAGGAAAAACAGAAUAUGAGAAAUUAUUGGAAAGGGAUUUCAUAAGACCUCUUCUGAAACUUUACGAGAGCAAAGGCUACCAAAGUCCGGAUUACGUAAUCGGCAAUUUCACCAAUAACUCCAGGAUAUCGAAGGAGGACUAUGAGAACAAGUCGCAAAAAUUUUUGACUAGGGAGGAACUCGAUCUGUUGAUUCAUGAAACAGAUAAAUUCCACGAGAAUUUGCAGAAGAACAGCAAUAUCGAACAUUUAGAAGACCUGAAACUCAGCAAGACUGAACCUAGUGCUAACCCAGAUGGGGCCAUAUCAGAGAAUGCGCAAAAAUUCAGUAGGAGAGAUGAUAACCUGGAGGAGGAUACAAAAGAUGAGCAUAUAGGCGAAAUUUUACCACCGAAUUUCAGCAGGGACCAUUCGAUGCUUUAUAAUUACAGAGGAAGGGUUCAUCCCAAAUUAAUCAACGUCCAAAGGAAAAGUUAUCGGAGUUCGAGAAAAUACGACUCUGGCUUCGUACCGUCUCCUUUCACGAGUGACAAAGUGAUUCGUAAGCCCAUAUCCUUUCCCAGAGAUAGAUUCAGGCCGGAGUACGAGCCAACGUCCAUCUCCUACGAAGGAUUCGACUCCAAUAGGGAGGACAGAUCGAAGUACAUCUACCCUUCAGACCUUCACGAGGGUUCUAUCAACGAACAAGAGUCCAGAAACGUGUUUAGUAGUAUUAGAAUCGGUCCACCGAACAGUGAGAUCCCUGGGUACCGUCUGCCCAGGAGACUUAGAGGAUUCAGUGACUCUUUUCCUGGUUUUCAAAUAACUGGCAGAGAUGCCUUCUACGAUCCUUCGACUAGGUGGCAAAACGGUUGGACUGGUUCGAGAAAACCGAAAGUGAUUUUUCCAACGGAUCUUGUGGCGUUUAGAGACUCGAAUCCUGUGAGUGCAGCUCAGGAUGAAACCGACUGGCUGGCCGCCGACAGUGCGCUUCAGGAUCUACAGGAACCUGAUAUCAGGGAAAGAGGUACGGACCUUAUGUGCAUAUCUGGAGCUUCCUGCGAAUUCUUCCUGACUUGUUGGCUGUCCGGAGGGCAGCUAGAGAGCCCGUGCGAUGGUUUCCUGAGAGGAUGCUGUCAGAAAGGGGCCUCUAAAGCCGGCCAGAGUCCCUCUCUGGCCGUGGGCACCCUGGAAGCCCCUAGAGAAAGUGCAAAGUCCGUCACUACCCUCGAUGAUACUCGUUGUGGCAUCUCCUCUCCAAGACAACAAGCCCAGAGGAGAAUAGUUGGAGGUGAAGAAGCGGGUUUUGGGACGUUUCCCUGGCAAGCCUACAUCAGGAUCGGCUCCUCAAGAUGUGGAGGAUCUCUAGUCAGUAGACGUCACGUGGUAACUGCAGGUCAUUGUGUUGCAAGAGCGACACCUAGACAGGUUCACGUCACACUCGGAGAUUACGUCAUCAAUUCAGCUGUCGAACCGCUACCUGCCUACACUUUCGGAGUUUCCCAAAUUCAGGUGCAUCCCUUCUUCAAAUUCACCCCCCAAGCCGACAGAUUCGACGUAGCUGUGUUGCGCUUAGAUCGCACCGCCCACCAGCUACCGCACAUCACCCCCAUCUGCCUUCCCCCAAGAGGAGAGACUUUUCUAGGAGAAACUGGGGUUGCAGCGGGCUGGGGUGCCCUCAGUCCCGGUUCCAGGCUGCGUCCUCAGACCCUGCAAGCCGUCCAAGUCCCGGUGAUAGACAACAGGAUAUGCGAGAGGUGGCACAGGAGCAAAGGAAUCGGAGUCACCAUCUAUGACGAGAUGAUGUGCGCUGGUUACAAAACAGGAGGUAGAGACAGCUGCCAGGGUGACUCUGGGGGACCGUUGAUGCUGCAGAGGCAGGGAAGGUGGUAUCUGAUCGGUAUAGUGUCGGCAGGGUACUCGUGUGCUCAGCCUGGUCAACCUGGCAUCUACCACAGGGUUGCCCAUACGGUAGAGUGGAUCAAUAGGGCUAUAACAUCGUGAUGAAGUGUGAAUAAGAGGACUUUUAUUUGAAGGAUAUUUAAAUGAUGAUACUCGAGUUCGAGUUCGUGAUAUUUUUAUUUAUUUUGUAAUUAUUUAAUAAAUAUUUUAUUAUUCUAUAUUGAUGAGAACGAAAGAGCUUGUUUCUCGAAUAUAACAUUAUAAAGUUA